CUUACACUCCUGCCCUUCAUGUUCGGUUUCCAGUUACACUACCCUGUCUUUCCUUGUUCCUACAGCUAAAGCAACGUCUUUUCACAAAAUCCUAUAAAGGCUAAAGAAGAAAGACCUGCCUCUUUCAUCUCCUUUCGGGAACUGUUUAACUGGUUGGCUAGCAAGGCCUGCACAGUGAAAAGACGGCUACUCAGCUAACGGUGAAGAAGACAGCCCUCCAACUACACCGCCAAGAAGAGCUAAGUGGCUAACCCCCUUAUACCCACGUCAUAUUGACCCUUUGACUACCGAUUUAUUAAGGCAACAUGGAAGGAACUAACACAUCUAAAAAUGAAAAUGGGCGAUCUACGAGCUCACAUGCAUCCCGUUCAUCAAGCGGCUCAACAAAAGCUAAUCUUGCCGUUGCCAUAGCAAAAGCAAAAGCCGAAGCGGCACAGGCUAGAGUAGCUCAUUCAAAAAAGGAAAUUGAACUGAAAGUUGAGCAGGCUCGCAUCCAAGCUACUCUUGAUGCACUUAAAGAAGAGAAAGAAAUGGACGCAGCCCUAGCAGAGGCAAACACAUUGCAAGCAGGGUUAAUGGACGUGGCAUCAGAUUUUGAAAAAUUAGAAAUAUGCAGCGAAGCCAACAGUCAAGUUCUUUCAAACAGACAAUAUCAACGCACUGCCGCCUAUGUGUCAGAGCAAUCCAGCUUACACUCAGUGCCACUCAGCAUGUGUGAGCUACCAUUUGUUAUUGACAGAAAUAAAGCUGUUGAAUCAACAAAAUGUAACCCGAAGAACGAGCAAGCUGCCACCUCUACCUGCAAUGUGCCUCAUUACACAUCUCAGGCUCCCUCUCCACAGAAGAGUGGCCCAUCAUCUCCCAUUCAGCAGUUAGUAGAUGGAAUCUCCUACAAACCCAGCUGCCGGAACACUGAUCGGCAGCCACUGAUCCACAUCCAGCAGUCACCGCAUGAGAUGCUCCAUGAAACUAGACAGAGCAAACCUGAAAUCACAAACGAUCUUGCCAGAUAUCUUGCCCGCAGUAGGCUGGUGACCUCGGGGCUCACAACAUAUGACGAGCAGCCACUAAACUACUGGGCCUGGAAAAUCUCUUUCCGAAGUGCGAUCAUCGACUUGGACCUAACUGAGAGGGAAGAACUAAACCUGCUAAGUAAGUACCUUGGAAAGGAGUCAGCCGAGCAGGUGAAAAGAAUAGCAGCAGUAAACGUCAGAAAUCCACCCCUUGGACUGGUGAUGGCAUGGGAACGGCUUGAUGAAACGUUCGGCUCACCUGAGGCCGUCGAGCACGCUCUCUUCAGUAAACUAGAAAGCUUCCCUAGAAUUACCAUGAAGGAUCCACAGAAGCUACGGGAUCUUGCAGAUCUGCUGUCAGAGAUGGAAGCCGCGAAACGAGACGGACAUCUCCCAGGCCUAUCUUACCUGGACACCUCAAGAGGAAUUAAUCCUAUCGUGGAGAAACUCCCACACAACAUACAAGAGAAGUGGAUAUCACUCGGUUCAAAGUACAAGCGUGAACAUCAAGUCAGCUUCCCACCCUUUUCUGUGUUUGUAGACCUCAUCCGUAUGGAGGCAAAAACUCGUACAGACCCCAGCUUCAACUUCAGCCAUUACUCUACUGGAGGAAAGAAUGCAUGGGAGAGAUCUCCGAAAACAUCCGUGCAUGUUCACAAGACUCAAGCUUCCCCAGCAGUAGAUGGAGAAGACAACGAAAGUGGUGACCCAAACAAAUAUUGCCCCAUUCACAACAAACCUCAUCCUUUGGCGAAAUGUAGAGGCUUUAGAGAAAGGAGUUUGGAAGAACGUCAACAGCUUCUAAAGGAACACUCCAUCUGCUUCCGAUACUGCUCCUCCACUCAGCACCUUGCCAGGAACUGCUCAGCCGACAUAAGGUGCUCAGAAUGUGAGAGCAUAAACCAUGUUGCAGCCCUCCACCCUGGACUCUCUGCCCGGAGGUCUAAAAUGUCAACCCCGACUUCAGAGCACUGGGAGGAGGAAGACAAAGUGGAUCACAUUUCUAGGCAAGACAUCACUUCAGCUUGCACUCAGGUGUGUGGCGAAGGACUCAGCGCGAGAGCAUGUGCCAAAAUAUGCCUUGUCAACGUUUACCCAACUGGACACAGAGAGAAGUCCAGGAAAAUGUAUGCAGUACUCGACGAACAGAGCAACCGCUCCCUCGUACGCUCUCAGUUUUUUGAUCUCUUCAAGGUUUCAGGGUGCUCCUACCCAUACACACUAAAAACGUGCGCUGGGCUUAAAGAGACUGCGGGGAGGAGAGCCAAAGGUUACAUGGUGGAGUCAAUCGAUCAAAGUUUGAGCAUUCCCCUGCCAACGCUUCUCGAGUGCAACCAACUCCCCAACAACCGCUCCGAGAUACCUACUCCAGAUGCACCCUACCACCACACCCACCUGAAGCGGAUCGCCAACAAAAUACCUCCACUUGAUCCGAAUGCCAACAUACUCCUCUUGCUAGGCAGAGAUAUAUUGAGGGUGCACAAAGUACGCGACCAGAUCAGCAGUCUAGGCAAUGCUCCAUUCGCCCAAAGGCUGGACCUAGGCUGGGUCAUCAUUGGUGAUGUAUGUCUCCGCGGUGCCCACAGACCAUCUCAGGUGAGCAGCUACAAGACAUGCAUCCUAGAGAAUGGUCGCACAAGCCAUCUGCAGCCAUGCACUAACCAUAUCAGGGUCAAGGAGAAGUUCAGUCACUCAUCUACACCGCAAUACCGACCCGCACCCACCUCCACACUGUUCAGCAGAAACAGCUUGGGGCAGAACGUCUUUGCACAAACAGCCAAUGACCAUCACCUCGCACCAUCAUUAGAAGACAUCAGAUUCCUCCAGAUCAUGGACAGUGAGUUCCAUCAAGAUAGCUCCAACAGCUGGGUGGGGCCCUUACCUUUCCGUUCUCCAAGACCACGGCUGCCUGACAAUAGGAAACAAGCACAAGACCGCCUGCUCUCACUCAGACGCACCCUGGAAAAACGUCCUCAGAUGAAGGCUCACUUUCUAGAGUUCAUGGAGAACCUGUUCAGGAGAGAACAUGCGGAGGCCGCACCGCCCCUACGAGACGGACAAGAGCGCUGGUAUCUACCGCUCUUUGGAGUAUACCAUCCCAAAAAGCCUGACAGGAUCCGUGUAGUCUUCGACUCAAGUGCACCAUGUGAAGGGGUGUCACUCAACGACGUCCUGCUCAAAGGCCCCGACCUUAACAACAGUCUGCUGGGCGUACUCAUGAGGUUCAGGAAAGAGCAGGUAGCCAUCACUGCAGACAUCGAGCACAUGUUCCACUGCUUCAUUGUGAGGGAAGACCACAGGGACUUUCUCCGCUUCCUAUGGUUCAGGAACAAUGACCUUAACUCCGACAUUGUGGACUACAGAAUGAGGGUCCACCUUUUUGGCAACAGCCCGUCCCCGGCCGUGGCUGUGUACGGCCUACGGAGAGCUGCCAAAAAAGCAGAAGCGGACUAUGGCAGUGACGCAAGAGAACUGAUCGACCGCGAGUUCUACGUGGAUGAUGCACUCAAGUCCUUCAACACUGAAGAAGAAGCUGUUAGUGUUCUCCGGCGAGCUCAGGAGAUGCUUGCGGCCUCCAACCUCAGACUGCACAAAAUUGCAUCAAAUCGCCCUGCUGUCAUAGAUGCAUUCCCCCCAGAGGACCGCAGCAAGGAUGUCGGAGACUUCGACCUCUUUGUUGAUGACCUACCCGUCCAACGUAGCCUGGGUUUGUCGUGGAAUAUGUGCACAGACUCCUUCACCUUCCAGAUUGCAGAGAGCCAGAAGCCAUUUACUCGCAGAGGGGUGUUGUCCACAGUGAACAGUCUCUAUGAUCCCCUAGGCUUCCUCGCACCUGUCUCUGUUCGAGGAAGACUGAUACUGAGAGCCCUCACCACUCAAGCAGAAGAUUGGGACUCGCCACUUCCAAGAGACAUGGAGACUGAGUGGACCAGCUGGAGAGAGUCUCUCCACGACCUAACAAAAUUACAGAUACCACGCUGCUACACACCCUUCUCCACAGCAGGGGCCCAAACAAGAGAACUCUGUGUCUUUGCAGACGCAUCAGUGAAAGCAAUAGCAGCUGUAGCCUACAUUAGGGUGACAAACAAAGAUGAACAAACUGCGGUUGGCUUCGUGUUCGGCAAGACAAAGCUGGCUCCACAGCCCGAUCUUACUAUUCCCAGGCUCGAACUGUGUGCCGCUGUACUCGCAGUAGAGAUAGCCGAGAUGAUAGUCGCAGAGAUGGACGAGACAUUUGACGACAUAACAUACUAUACUGAUAGCAAAGUUGUACUAGGGUACAUCCACAACCAAUCAAGGAGGUUCUAUGUCUAUGUCCACAAUAGAGUCCAGCGAAUCCUCCAGUCACCAUGCUCUGGCCAGUGGAAGUAUGUUCACACUGACCUCAACCCAGCCGAUAUUGGAUCGAGAUCUGUGACUCCAGCUGUCCUGAACAGCACGAUAUGGUUCACAGGAUCCACUUUUCUACAAAAUACUCCAGCGCACUCAUUUGAACUACAACAGACUUUUGACCUAAUCGAUCCCGCGUCCGACUCGGAGAUACGUCCCCAAGUGACCACAAGUCUCACCUGUGCCACUGGAAAUGCGAUCAACCCGCUACGCUUUGAACGCUUCUCUGAGUUCAACAACCUUGUCACCGCAGUAGCACACUUGAUCCAUGUGGCUCGGUCUUUCUCCCACUCCAUCCAAGGCAAGUGCCAGGGCUGGCACUUCUGUCGCCCAACGGAGGAAGAGUUGUCUAGGGCGAAGGUGUGCAUCUUGAAGAGUGUCCAGAAUAACUGCUAUGAAGAAGAGCUCGAGUGUGUGUAUUCGGGACUUAACAUCCCAUCGUCCAGCAAUCUAAAGAAGCUUCACCCUGUGAUAGACUCAAACGGACUUUUGAGGGUCGGAGGCCGUAUACGGCAGUCAGGCCUGAGCACUGACGAGACUCAACCCAUCAUCAUCCCUGGGCACAAUCACCUGGCAACCCUGCUGGUGCGCCACUAUCACAAAGUUGUGAAACAUCAAGGAAGACACUUCACCGAAGGAGCUGUCCGAGCUGCUGGAUUUUGGCUAGUCGGGGGAAGACGCUGCAUCACCAGCAUACUUUUCAAGUGUGUCAUCUGUAGAAGGUUACGAGGAAACACAGAACUUCAACAAAUGGCGAACUUACCAGCUGAACGUCUGCAGGUAGCACCUCCCUUCACCUAUGUCGGCGUUGACAUCUUCGGACCAUGGGACGUCAUCUCACGACGCACAAGAGGGGGACUUUCCAACUCCAAAAGAUGGGCUGUAAUGUUUUCAUGUAUGUCUUCAAGGGCAGUACAUAUCGAAGUGAUCGAGGCCAUGAGUUCCAGCAGCUUCAUCAACGCCUUGCGGAGGUUCUUCGCUGUUAGGGGCCCCGUCAAACAAAUACGGUCUGACCGUGGGACCAAUUUCGUCGGUGCCUCUCGAGAACUGAAUAUGGACAAACCAAUUCAGAGCGCCGAUGCAGUAGAGAAAUUCCUCAGCACCCAGAGCUGCUCCUGGGUCUUCAAUACUCCCCACGCGUCUCACACGGGUGGCGCAUGGGAGCGCAUGAUUGGCAUCGCCCGCCGCAUUCUAGACUUCAUUCUGCUUGAACAGAAGAAAUCUCAGCUUACCCAUGAAGUCCUCACCACCCUCAUGGCGGAGGUCAUGGCAGUCAUGAAUGCAAGACCCCUCAUCCCAGUGUCAUCAGAUCCCGAAUAUCCCCUCAUCCUCACACCAGCAAUGCUUUUGACCCAAAAAACAGGCUCCACUCCUCCUCCCCCUUGCAAUCUUGAGGAAGCAGAUCUUUUCAAAGAAGAGUGGAAGCAAGUGCAGAGCCUGGCCGACACCUUUUGGAACAGGUGGAAGUGCGAAUACCUCAAAACGUUGCAGCUUCGCAACAAAUGGCAAGACAAAAGGCCUAAUAUUCAUGAAGGUGAUGUCAUCCUCCUGAAGGACAAUCAGGCAAAGAGGAACGAAUGGCCUGUGGGCAUUGUCACUAAGACUUUUCCAGGAGAAGAUGGAUUGGUCCGGAAAGUCGAGGUAGCGGUCGUCAAAGAUGGAAUCAGAAAGACUUUCUUUCGACCUGUCGUCAACCUGGUGCUGCUUCUUUCCACAAAGACUGUUUAGUGUGGGAUCUCUAAAGACCCCAUGCGGGGAGUGUUCAGUCUCCUGAGCAGAGCCUAUGUUUUCUUGUGUAAUGGCACCCCCUUGUGGACGUAUUAAGCAAUGGUCCCUAUUGUACAUACGGGUCAUUUUCUCUUUUUUCUCAACAUUACGUUAACGUGACUCGUCAGUUGUCUAUUCCUAUCGCUGCUCUCAUUGACUUUUUCUCAGUGAAUACUUACACUCCUGCCCUUCAUGUUCGGUUUCCAGUUACACUACCCUGUCUUUCCUUGUUCCUACAGCUAAAGCAACGUCUUUUCACAAAAUCCUAUAAAGGCUAAAGAAGAAAGACCUGCCUCUUUCAUCUCCUUUCGGGAACUGUUUAACUGGUUGGCUAGCAAGGCCUGCACAGCCAGAAUGUAACAACAUAACCAUCGGCUUUAUCUACUUCUGCAUGCUCUUGUAAAACAUAAAUGUAAAACUCAGCUGUUGGUGUGAAACUCCUGCGUGUUACACUUGCUGUACUGUUGUUUACAAUGAACCCAUCAGCAGUUUUAAUGCUGGAUAUGCAGUUUGCCCCUUAUUGCUAUUACAACAUUGGUUCUGUUGCUGCUGUGUUGUGUAAUAUACUUGUUGAUAAAUGAACAUGUGGUUAAAGACAGCUACAUUUUCUUUCCACUUUCUCAUGUGCCAAACCAUUAUAAAAUAAAAAAAAACAUACUGUAUAUACUUUUAUACGACGAGUGUCACAUUUCAGAAAUA